UCAAGUCUAAGACCGUGUCGUUUUCCGUUAACUCAAUUUCGUACUCUUUUCCGCUCCAUUUCACGUAUAUUUUAUUUGUGGCUUCCAUCCUGUUUUUUCAGAAAACACAAACUUGACAGUUUAACAGGUGCUGCAACAACAAUAAAUAAAGACUAAAGAGGCCGCCACUACUUGACGUUUGUUCAACACAUGACAUUUGUAGGUUAGAAUUACAAAAAAAUAACAAAAAUGAAACACGAAAGGUGUUACGUGUCUUGUAACUGCAAUCAAACACCGACGGCGGCACACUGGGGUUCAAAUAAUUUGAUUUGUUACGCCGCCUGUAACGCAGUUGUGAUUUAUGACCCAAAAUGGGGUUCCGGUGGUAAGGUUGUAGCAAGUCUGGUCGGCCAUACGAAACGCGUCAAUUCAGUUAGAUGGCUUUCGGAGGCGGGACAACCAAAUGAGUUGGUAUCAGGGGCUAGUGAUCACACUGCCAUUGUUUGGAGGUUAAAUGACGGCAAAUAUGUCCCCUUUGUAUUACAGCAUGAAAGUAUUGUAAAUAUAGUUGACGGGAUUUAUAAAAAUGAAGGUGUGGUUGUUGUCACAGUUGGAAUGGACUCUGCUGUGAAAAUUUGGUUCAGAACAACUGGUUCAGAUGUGUUUACGUUAAUAAAAGACAUAAAUUGUGGUCACUCUAUUUGUAUAGGGGUUAGACUUUCGUUUUUGCCUCAAAAAGAAUCUUUAAUCUUAGCGUGUGGAAUGGAUACCUCCGCAAUUGAUUUGUAUAUUGAGGAAAAUGAAUUUUCGCAUUGCCACACAUUGAAGGGUCAUGAGGACUGGGUCAGAGGACUCGAUUUUACAACUGACGGUAAAGAUCUGCUUCUUGCGUCUUCUUCUCAGGAUUAUUACAUCCGUUUAUGGCGCUUUACCCCUCACUCAGAUACUUCAGAUCUCCACAAUGUAAUAAAAUUAAAAAACGCGGCAUACAAAGUGUCCCUAGACACGAUUUUAACUGGUCAUGAAGGCUGGAUUUUCUCCGUUAAUUGGAACCCCAAAUUGUCCCAAUUACUGUCAUCUUCUCUCGAUAAGUCAAUGAUAAUAUGGGAGUUGGACCCUUCUACUAAUUUAUGGAUUGAAAAAGUCAGAGUCGGCGAAGUAGGGGGCAACACUAUGGGUUUCUACGGCGGAGUCUUUAGCCCCGACGGCCAACACAUCCUCGCUCAUGGCUACAACGGAGCGUUUCACUUAUGGGAAAACACUACUAUCGAGUGGAAACCGUGUGUUACCAUAGGGGGGCACUUUGCUGAAGUCACUGACUUGGCAUGGGACCCCCAAGGGGAAUUCCUCAUGACAGUCUCUGCCGACCAAACGACACGAAUACACGCUCCUUGGAGCGACGGUAAAGAAGUCACGUGGCACGAAAUCGCGAGGCCCCAGGUGCACGGUUACGAUAUGAGUUCAGUGACGAUUUUAUCGCGGUAUAGAUUUGCGUCCUCAGCUGAAGAAAAAGUGAUACGGACAUUUGAAGCCCCCCGAAAUUUUGUCGAAAAUUUUGCGCGAAUUUGUAAAAUUACCGAUAUUAUUGAGGGUGAAUGUGCCCCCAAAGGGGCAUCGGUCCCCUCAUUGGGGCUCUCAAACAAGGCUGUGUUUUUAAGUGAAGAAGGUGAUCAAGAGUCGCAUUUUACGGAAGUGGCUCUUACAGCUCCGCCCACUGAGGAGACGCUUCUUCAAAACACUCUGUGGCCGGAAAUUCAGAAACUCUACGGCCACGGCUAUGAAGUCUAUUCCUUGGCGUCGUCUCCGGAUGGUCGUUUUUUGGCAUCUGCUUGUAAAGCGACAACUCCCGAACACGCCGCUAUCCUACUUUGGGACACCUCAAACUGGAAACAAAUCCAAAAACUUGUCUCACAUACUUUAACUGUCGUCCAAAUGUCAUUUUCUCCUGACUCCGAACAGCUCCUUUCAGUGUCACGAGACCGCCGAUGGUCUCUAUUCUCGAAAAAAUCAAACGAUGCCUUCGAACUAGUGGCCACUACUGACAAAAAAACUUCAAUCCACACAAGGAUAAUCUGGUGUUGCGGUUGGGCGCACGACUCGAAAUAUUUCGCGACGGGUUCACGGGACGGCAAAGUGGCCGUUUGGACGAAGAACGAAAACAAACAAGAAAAAAGCGUUUUAGGACUGUAUGAAGCCGCCUCAGUGCACUUGGAGCUGAAAAAUGAGUCGGUAACGGCGGUCGCUUUUGCACCAGACUGCGUUUUAGGGAGCUAUUUGAUUGCUGUCGGGUUAGAAGUCGGGGUUAUUCACUGUUUCAAAUGGUCAACAAACGCUUGGGAAAGAAUUUUAUUUCUGGAUAAAAAUGUUGCUCAUCACUUGACCGUGAAGAGAUUAGCUUUCCGGCCGGUUUUUGGCACAGCGGGUCAGACAAACGACGAGAAAGUUUUACAGCUGGCCAGUUGUGGGAGCGACAGCACUGUUAUUGUACAUAAUUUUUUUAUAAAAUAAAAUUU